AUGGUGUUGAAAAGAUGUGAGGAGACAAAUUUAGUACUUAAUUGGGAAAAAUGUCAUUUCAUGGUCCAAGAAGGCAUAGUUCUCGGCCAUCGGAUUUCACGUAAAGGGAUAGAGGUUGACAAGGCAAAAAUCCAAGUCAUUGAGAAAUUACCUCCACCUACCUCAGUGAAAGGGAUAAGGAGUUUUUUGGGACAUGCCGGAUUUUAUAGGAGGUUUAUCAAGGACUUCUCGAAGAUCACAAAGCCACUUUGCUCCUUACUUGAGAAGAACACUCAAUUUGAUUUCUCUCAAGAGUGCCUCCAUUCUUUUAAUACUCUUAAAGAGAAACUCAUCACGACUCCUAUUAUUGUAGCUCCGGAUUGA